GCCGAGGCGGAUGCUAUAUUUUUCAGGCAUGCGACCAGUAUAACCGCAGGUCAUCCGGCAUAAGCAGCUGUAGGUGUUCGUCACGACAGCCUCAGCUCAGGCAGAGGGGGAUUAAAGCGUGUACUUGGGAGGAGACACAGGAGAGGCUUUUGCUGUUCUUAAUCUGCACAGGUAGCAGUAGCUACCCUUUUGCAAGACCACCUCAACUUCUUGGUUCUUUCGUGAUGGAUCUUGGAAAGGCAAAGCUGCUUAGAAGUGGACUCAACACUCUACACCAAGCCAUCCACCCUAUACAUGGGAUUGCGUGGACAGAUGGAAAGCAAGUCUGCCUGACGGCUCUCUACUUCCUCAAUGGCGAGGUGAAGUUUGGAGACACCAAUGUAAUCGGGCAGUUUGAGCAUGUCUUUGGACUCUUCUGGGGCCCGCUGUGCUGCUCGGACUCUCCUGCUCUCUUGGCUGUCCAGCAUAAGAAGCACGUUACGGUGUGGCAGCUUCAGCUCAGUGCCCUUGAGCAGAACAAGCUGCUGUGCACACAGACCUGUGAGAUGAGCGAGCCCUUCCCUUUGCUUUCCCAAGGCUGUGUCUGGCAUCCGAAGCUGGACAUGCUGGCCGUGCUGACGAAGCGAGACACAUCAGUAUUAUUUUCCGUCAGGGUGGACAACAGGAGAAUCAAAGCAGACAUCAAAGGUAGCGGACUCAUUCAUUGCGCCUGUUGGACUAAGGAUGGCACGCGCCUUGUGGUGGCUAUAGGAAGCGCUCUUCAUUCUUUCAUUUGGAAUGACAUUCAGAAAAGUCUGGUGGCAUGCAGCUUUUGCCCCAUCUUUGACGUAGGGGGGUACAUUUGUGCAAUUGAGGCCACAGGAGAAGCUCAGGUAGCCGUGGCCACAGAGCUACCACUUGAUAAAUUAUGUGGGUUAAACUCUGGCAUCGCUUUUGACCUGCCAAACGAGACUGAAUCCCUCCACGGCCAGGGCUCACACGUGGUCAUGUCAGAGGAUGAUAGCGUUCUGGAUUCAAGGAGGAGGUCAUUUGAGUCAGAGAGAUCAUACAUCCCCAGCUCGGGCCCCCUUGAUCUUACCCAUCUCUUAGCGAGGCACCGUCGCUCAGACCCCAGCCCUCUUAUCCACUUGCGGCGCAGAGACACUAUGACGGGUUCGGGACAGGACAGCUCACACCUCGUUCUGGUUACAUAUGAGCGGAAGGUAACUACCAGCAGGAAGGUCAGCAUUCCAGGAAUUUUGGUACCGGAUAUUGUUUCCUUUGAUCAUCGUGCCUCCACAGUUGCAGUCGCUUCCAAUACCUGCAACAUGGUUCUGGUGUACUGUAUCACAGCCUCUGCUAUGCCCAACAUCCAGCAGAUUUCUCUCCAGCCGAAUGAAAGACCCAAAGGUGUCUGCUUCCUGAGUGACAAAGUGCUGCUGUUGAUGGUGGGCCGGCAGAAGUCUGUUGACCCCGCUUUUCUUCCGUCUUCCAACACGGACAAAUAUAUUCUUCGCCUCACAGCUAAAGAGCUGAUAUACGAUGGAGGAACAGCUAUCGCACCAUCCCCCUCAGCUAUCAACCAUGAGUCUUCUAAUUUCUGCGCAGGGAUUAGGAGGCACUCAGAGCACCUGUCAAAGGAUGAUAGGGAGCGCCCAGGGAUAAAAGAUUUGGUGCUGCCUGGAAGAGGGGUAAUUUGCUCACCAGGGAACAGACGGAGGCUGGUGGAAGAGGUCAGGAGCAACGAACAAAGCCCCAUCACCAGCUCGGUGGACUUCUCUGAGCGCCCUGAAAGAGCCUCGUCCAGAAACUCUUCCAUUGCAGCGGAGAACUUUGACAUGGACCACGUCAGUCGGAUGGCCAGCCUGGCAGUAGGAGGCCAGGCCAGCAGAGACUCCAGCCGGUCCAGUUCCCCUCGCUUCGAGCAAUCAGAGAAGAUCCACUCAGAGCCACCGACCCUGCCUAUGCCUGAGAAAACAUCCGGACAGACAAGGGAGAACUCCCUGGAGCAGCUGGUUCACAACAUGGAAAAACUUUUUACACGUUUCGGAGAUGUACAGCGGUGCCUAACAGAAAUCGGAGAUUAUACACAGAACGGCAAGAAGGCCCAAACAGCCUAUCCCAACGCAGCCGAUCCACCUUAUAUCAAUGUGACAUGCCAGAAGCAGUUGUCAGAGAAUGUGUUCAUUGAUGAGAGGAGGCCAGUGCUCCUGUGUGAAGGAAAGCUGUGUCUACGAGCCGUACAAGACCUUUUCAACCUUACAGUAGUGGAGAUGAUGUACGGACCAUUGUGGAUCGUGCUUGUGGCGGAUUCUGAUGGCUUUGUGCCUCUGACGUUCAAGCCCAAAGAUGAACUGACCGUGCGGAAUGGGAAGAGGAAAUCUAAUCUGCGGACUCCCGCAAGUCCGGAAAAUUCCUGCCCAUCCAGUCCAGCCCCCAUCCAAAGCCCUACGACAACCGCAGAGGCCAACACAUACUAGUUCCUGACUAACUGUGCAGAUUCACACAGGAGCGUUUCAUUUUGACUUUCCUAUUUACAAUCUCAAUGCCACAGAAAACCACUGUUCAUACUUUACCUGUCCUUUCAGAUGGUAUAUUUAUAUGCUGCUUCAGUAAAAUGAGAUUACUCUUAUAAAUUAUCUUUUUUUUUUUUUUUUUUUUUUGAGAGAAUGUGACACACUUGUUCUAGUCUACCUCAAUAGAAAACAGUUCAAGGGUAUACUGUAAACUUAAAAUUUGUACCCUGCUAGUAUUGACAUAUUUUCCCAAGGGAUUUUUAAUCGGUAUAAAAUGCAGUUUCCACAAAAAAAAUGAAUUAUUACUUUCAUACUCUAUAGUCUAUAGGAUGCAGUAACGCAUCUGGCCACUAGAUGGUGCUACACCCCAUGAAUCAUCAUAACAGUACAUUUUCUGCUUUAAAAAAGUGAGAAAUGUACCAUUAAAUUAGUAAUACAAAUGUGAUACUUACAAUUGUUCCAAAAAUAUAUUCAUCCAAUCUUAAAUGUGCAAGAGAAAUAGAAAUACUAAACUGUAUGUAUAAAACUAAGUAGAUGUAAUUCACAUCUAAUUUGAAGUAGAAUUUAAGCAAUUUUAAGAAAUUAUUAAAAUGAUGCUCUGAGUUAACCUUAGUCUUGAAAGAGAGUAUACUUAUUUUUAAUCAAUUGUAAAUGUUAUUUAUGAUUAUUAACAAAUAUACAUAUUUGUCCAACUAGUACCCCUUUGUUUUUCCUCCUGCAACACCUCCACUCUAAAGAAACACAAGAGCCGCAGAUGUCCUUGGUCCUAUUCCGUCUCUACGGCGUUUAUUCAUCUCAUGUCGUCAAAUCUUUUUUUGCAGUUUGUAUCAUAAAUAAAUAACAGCCUAGAGUUAAAUACAGCAAAUCAUAUACAUUCAUUUAUAUAAAUUAUAUGUUUAUAUAUAUAUUCAAGAUGACUGUACAGUACAUGUGGCAAUAAAACACAAAUGUUUACAUUAAAA